UUCUGAUUAGACUCUGGAGUUGCAACUUUUAACGCUUUUUUCGGUGGGCGAAUGUUUUGCGCUUAAAAAUGCCAGUUCGCAGCGCCCGGGCGUCUAGCAAGGUAUGAUGCAACCCUCGGACCAUGUCCCUGUUCACAAAGGCAAAUCUCAUCCGCUUGCUGGCCGGCGCGAUUUGCUUGUUGCUGGUGCUUAACUUUGUGGGCUUCCGCACCGACGGAGCCAGCGGCACAUCCCUCAGCAAACUCAGCAUUCGUCGCGUGCACAAGUAUGCUCAUAUCUACGGGAACGCUAGCAGCGAGGAAAGAGGAGGUGGAGGAGCUUCCAGGCUGCCCGCUGCUCCGCUCGCCUUGUCCAAGGACAGGGAGCGGGACCGGGAUCGGGAGCUCCAAGGGGCAUCCAACUCCACCUCACCAACUGUGAUUGCCACGGCAAACUUUACUUCCAUUCCACAAGACUUAACGCGCUUCCUGCUGGGCACAAAGAAGACGCGGCCCCGGGAACAAAUAUCCAGAUCCGCCCUCCUCGCCAACUGCACUGAUCCCGAUCCACGUGAUGGUGGACCCAUCACGCCCAACACCACACUCGAAUCGCUGGACAUUAUCGAGGCCGAGCUGGGUCCUCUCCUGCGCCCUGGUGGUGCCUUCGAGCCGGACAACUGCCGUGCCCAGCACCAUGUGGCCAUUGUGGUGCCCUUUCGCGACCGAUACGCCCAUCUGUCCGUUUUCCUGCGCAACAUCCACCCCUUCCUAAUGAAGCAGCGCAUCGCCUAUCGCAUUUUCAUUGUGGAGCAGACCAAUGGAAAGCCCUUCAAUCGGGCUGCCAUGAUGAACAUUGGCUACUUGGAGGCCUUAAAGCUUUACCAGUGGGAUUGUUUUAUAUUCCACGAUGUCGAUCUUCUGCCUUUGGACGACCGCAAUCUCUACAACUGUCCACGUCAGCCGCGGCAUAUGUCGGUGGCCAUAGACACGCUGAACUUCAGGUUGCCUUAUCGAUCAAUAUUUGGAGGCGUUUCCGCCAUGACGCGCGAGCACUUCCAGGCCGUCAACGGGUUCUCCAACUCGUUCUUCGGCUGGGGCGGCGAGGAUGACGACAUGUCCAACCGGUUGAAGCAUGCCAACCUUUUCAUAUCAAGGUAUCCCGUCAACAUAGCCCGCUACAAGAUGCUGAAGCAUCAGAAGGAGAAGGCCAAUCCCAAGCGCUAUGAGAACCUCCAGAACGGCAUGAGCAAAAUAGAACAGGAUGGAAUAAACUCGAUCAACUAUGCUAUCUACAGCAUCAAGCAGUUCCCGACCUUCACUUGGUAUUUAGCCGAGCUAAAGAACUCCGAGCGCAAGAGUUAGCCUGCGAAAUGACAGCGUUACAGUGCGUGACCUUUCCAACUAUCCAAUAUGCGUAUGUACAAAGGACAACAUUACUUUCACGAACGGUAGAGUCUCUUUUUAAUAGAAUGUCAGAUCAUGGCGACAUGAUUCCAAUAUUAGACACAUAUUGUGUACUUGGUAGUAAGUCCAGUAACUAUACUCAUAUUACGAUGUAGUAUACUUUUAAUCCAUCAUUUAGCUUCAAUUCGUACUCAAUGAACAACAGUAAGAACUCGUCUCCUUAGCUAUAAUCCUCCCGUUCACUACUCAAAGUGCUCAAUGAUACUUAUAUAUAUUAAUAGACCCUUGUUGAUUUUGUUUAUUAUUCCUUUUUGUUGAUUUACUUUUUGUUAUUCGACUAUUGUACUUUUAUUAACUUCUCAAAAGACAGCUACACCUAUUCCUACAAGGUGAAAUGUAGAUAUUACUUUUGUGAUAUGCAAAUUGUUAUUCGAUCAGAACGAUUUAUACCAAAAUAAAACUUAAAAAAAACUUU